AUGACAUUGUUCGCUGAAAGUUAUUCGGGCUUCUACGCUACAGGCCUCUACAGUCACCCGGAGCAUGCCAACCUUCGAUUUUCCGACCCGUACUUUCAAAUCGGCCACUUUUUCAUCUGAGACACAUCAUGAUAGAGACUGGCGAUAAAACUUCUGGGAACGAGUCGUGGUCACACACACACACGCACGCACACCAGCUCUCACAAGCUUCUUUUUUCUUCUCACAACACCGCCGGGGCUCGCAUAAUUGGCGACUUGCGACACACAGACGCACGGAGCACAUUUCUUUUCUCGCUGGCGCAUUCAUCGCCGGUGCCGCACGCCCAAAUCCUCCUUCACGUCGCCAACGCCGUUGCCGACGCCGCAAAGCUUUGA